AUGUAUCCUUCUGAUAAUCCCGGAGCCAAGCUCGUACCAGUACAAUUUGUUGGAAUUGGUUAUCGUUCAUGGAGACGCAGUGUUUUGAGGUCACUAUCAGUCAAAAACAAGUUAGGAUUCAUCAAUGGGGAUUGCCCACGACCUCAAUCCAAUCAUCCUUCAUAUCGUCAAUGGGAAAGAUGUGACGAUAUUGUUACAACCUGGAUUUUGAAUUCACUGUCAAAGGAAAUUGCAGACAGUGUUGAAUUCAUUAUGAGCUCUGCAGAAUUGUGGAGAGAGCUGAAAGAUCGCUAUGAACAAACUAAUGGUGCAAAACUGUAUCAAAUUCAGAGGGAAAUUAAUGAUCUGUCUCAAGGAUCUCUCAUUAGUACAGGGUACUACACCAAAUUGAAAAAGCUAUGGGAGGAACUUAGUACUUUGAAUGUCACAGCUCAAUGCAACUGCACCUAUGUCUGUGGAGAAAAGGCUCUUAUUCAUAAGGCUGAACAAGAUCGAAGGUUGAUUCAAUUCCUCAUGGGAUUGAAUGAUGUUUAUACCGUGAUACGUCGUAGUAUAAUCAUGAUGAAUCCAUUGCCCUCUAUAGCACAUGCUUUCUCUCUUUUGGUUCAAGAUGAACACCAAAGAGAAAUCAAGUCAUCCAAUCACUUCAAUGUGGAGUCAAGUGUUUUACAUGUUGGAUCUAGUAGGCCCUCUCAACCCUCUCAACCCUACAGGACAGAUUUUUCACCAAAUUAA